AUGGUCUUUGGUACCUUCCUCUCCGUCUCAGAACUUGGUUGGGUGCAAGUGGGUUUUUCGAUUAAGCGUCACUUUGAUGACUCCAUUGAACGCUACAAAGCUCGUCUAGUUGCCAAGGGUUUUCAUAAACGUCCGAGCAUAGACUAUGCUAAAACCUUCAGUCCUCUUGUCAAGCCUGCCACUAAUCACACUGUUCUCAGUCUUGUAGUUUCUCAUGGUUGGUCCCCUCAUCAACUUGACGUCAAAAAUGCCUUUCUCCAUGGGUUUCUUCAAGAAGAUGUCUACAUGGCUCAACCCCCUAGUGGCCACUUUGAGAUCAAAGACCUUGGUCCGCUCAACUAUUUCUUGGGUUUACAAGUUCUUCAUAAGGAUGGUACUCUCCACAUCAAUCAACUCAAAUAUGCACAUGAUCUUUUACAGAAAGCCUAUCUUCUCAACUCCAAACCAGAAUCUACUCCAUUGGCUGCCAAGAAAGCCAAUCUUCUCAACUCCAAACUAGAAUCUACUCCAUUGGCUGCCAAGGUUCUCCUUUCUGUCUCUGAUGGUGCUAUCAUCUCUAACCCAACCGAGUAUCGCGAGCUUUUGGCAUUCAUGAGUGCUCCUCGCGCCUCUCACCUUGUUGCCGCCAAACGGAUACUUAGGUACAUCAAGAGCACUAUUGAUCUCGGCCUCACCUUCACUCCUCAAACUGCCACCGCUCGCCUCUCUGCUUACUCUGAUGCGGAUUGGGCUGGGUGCCUUAAUUCUCGUCGGUCAACCACUGGAUAUGUGAUUACUCUUGGAACCAACCUCAUCUCAUGGUGUUCCAAGAAACAGCCCACAGUCUCGCGCUCUAGUACCGAGUCGGAAUAUCGUACCCUCUCUCAUGCUUGUGUCGAAACCACUUGGCUAUGCUCAUUUCUCCAUGAAUUGGGUGUGCGUCUUCGAUUCCCAGUCCAACUCUUUCGUGACAAUCUCAGCACCACGUACAUGGCUACCAAUCCAGUUUUCCAUGCCCACACAAGUCACAUUGAGUUGGACUAUCACUUUGUUCGUGAAAAGGUUGCUCUUGGAAGUCAUCAAGUUUGCUUUGUUCCUUUUGUCGACCAACCUGUGGACCUAUUCACCAAAGCCCCUCACAAACCACGCCAUCAGCAUAUGUCUUCCAAACUUGUGCAUCCUGUGAAGCCCAGUUUGCCGGGAAAGGGGGUGUUAACACAACUUUCUUUUCCUAGACUACACGGAAGUCAACUUUACAAUAUCCUCCUAGCAAUUAGCCUUUCUUGCUGUAAAUCAGAUUUCCUGCUAUAA